CGCACGCGCUCGAAGCCGUGUGGGAAUGGCUGUUCUGUGAUCGGGGGUUGGGCCGCCAGGAGCGAACGGAGAGCUGCAAGAGUUUGUAAUGUCCGCCAUGUUGGCCAUGGCGUAUUGAACCAGGGAGGGAGAGCGGAGCCUCGGAAAAAAGAGACCGACAGAGAGCGACCAAAAUCCGGGCCUUCCCGGCUCCUGUUCGCAUCUCCAUAUACCUGCCCUACUACAAAUCGAAAGGUUGACGUCUGGCGAACAUCACAGAUCUAUCCAUGAGAACUCAAAUCAGUACUGUUGUGCAUCUUAGGAGAUCGGAUAGAUUUAUGCUGCAUCUUGUAUUAUAAAAAAAAUGAGUAAAUUGUCGUUUCGGGCACGGGCGCUGGACGCUACCAAGCCUCUACCCGUCUUCCGCUGCGAGGACUUGCCUGACCUGCACGAAUAUGCCUCUAUCAACCGGGCAGUACCGCAAAUGCCAACUGGGAUGGAGAAAGAGGAGGAAUCGGAGCACCAUCUCCAGCGGGCCAUUUCGGCACAGCAGGUGUAUGGGGAGAAACGGGACAACAUGGUCAUCCCCGUCCCCGAAGCAGGAAGCAACAUCGCCUACUACGAGUCUCUCUACCCUGGGGACUUUAAGAUGCCAAAGCAGCUCAUUCACAUACAGCCUUUUAGUUUGGACACGGAGCAGCCGGACUAUGACCUGGAUUCAGAGGACGAGGCAUUUGUUAUCAAGCUGAGGAAGAAGAUGGAUAUCAAGUCGCUACAGUUUGAAGAGAUGAUCGACCGUCUGGAGAAGGGCAGUGGCACACAGUUGGUGAGUCUGCAGGAGGCCAAGCUGCUGCUGAAGGAGGACGACGAGCUAAUCAAGGAGGUUUUUGACUACUGGACCAGGAAAAGGAAAAACUGUAAGAGCGGCUCACUCAUACCCACGGUCAAGCAGGAGAAAAGGGACGGAUCAAGCACCUCAGAUCCCUACGUGGCCUUCCGUAGGAGAACUGAGAAGAUGCAGACCAGAAAGAACCGGAAGAAUGACGAGGCGGGAUAUGAGAAGAUGCUGAAGCUGCGGCGGGACCUGAGCAGAGCCGUUACCAUACUGGAGAUGAUCAAGAGAAGGGAGAAGAGCAAGCGAGAACUGCUUCAUCUUACCCUGGAGAUUGUAGAGAAGAGAAACGGCAUGCCUGACUACGGCAGUGAGGUGAUGGCAGAGGCCCUGGCUCAAAGGGCUCUGGUGAAGCCCGUCUACACGAUACCCAUCAUUCCGCUUUCCAACAACAGCCAGUACCGCCACCAAGACCACGUGGACAUGAAGGACUACAAAACCAAGCCGGAAAAGAUUGAAGUGGUCCGAACAAAGAGAAAGUAUGAAAAGAAGCCCAAGAUCCCCCCUCUGUCUGCUCCACAACACCCGGGCCCCUCCGUGUUCAACCCCAAGGACCUCAACCAGUAUGACUUCCCCAGCUCUGAUGACGAACCCUUCUCACAGAUCCAUUCAGGUUCCUCUGAAGAAGAGGAGGAGAAUGACCCAGAUGGCUGCUUUGCGUUCCGGAGGAAGGCCGGCUGUCAGUACUACGCGUCUCGCCUGGACCAGUGUGGUAACUGGCCGUGGGUCAGCCCCUCCGAAGGCGGUUUGGGUGACCCUCGCUUCCGCUACUGCCUCACAUCCCUAACGGCGCCCCGGCGCUGUGUAGGUUUGGCGCGACGGCGCACAGGCAGAGGGGGCAGGGUUUUGCUAGAUCGAGCACACACAGACCUGGACAGUGUUUUCCACAGCCUGGAUUCGGACCCCGAGACCGAGCCACUUCAAGCCCCAUCUCCUCCCACCAUCUCUCCUCUCCGUACCACAUCGCCAGCCAGUACCUCAGACGCCAAUACCUCGGACCGAACCAAUGCUCCCAACAGCCACCGCACUACUUCUUCCUCCAUCCCUCCCUCCUCGUCGUCGCCAUCGGUGGACCUCAGUGAAAUUCUGUUGAACAUUAAAACAAGCCGUUGGAGGCACUUUAGGCCACGGACGCUAUCCCGUCACCCCCUGGGAGGAGGUGACUUCUCACGCCACAGAGGAUUUAGUGGAUUUAACCGGACUACGUCCUCAGGACAGAGCAGGCUUCUCGGCAGCAGCGCUAACGGCCUGCCCUGCACCGGUCCUGCAGCUCCCGCCGUCACUGCGUUCACAGCCGAGCAGUACCAGCAGCACCAGGAGCAGCUGGCCCUGAUGCAGAAACAACAGCUGGAGCAGACCCAACAUCAGGCCCAACAUCAGGCCCAGCAGCCGGCCCAACCGCUGGCCCCGCAGCAGCCUAACACAGACACCUCCUCCACUACGACAUCCACCGCACCUCCACCCAACGCCCAGAGUAUAGUCUCUAAGACGUUAGACUCAGCCAGCGCCCAGUUUGCUGCCUCUGCCCUGGUGACCACAGACCAGCUGAUGUCCUUCAAGGCCAAGGAAGAGGGGGUUCUGGGAACUGGAGUCAACGGGGUACUCCCAGGCUCAGGAGUGUACAAGGGCUUACAUCAUGCCAGCACCCACCACCCAAGCACCAACCCGACUCCCACCCCUCCUCCGAUCCCCACGUUCCUCCAGCCCUCCUCCAACCACUCCGGCGCCGCCCCACCCCCGGCCUCCUCGCUCACAUCCCCGCCCAGCACCCAUCACCCCCACCUGGGUAACAGCAAUGCCAAGUCCUCCCCCGCCACCGCUCAGGUCCUGAUUGGGAACAAUGUCCACCUGGGUGUGCCCUCGUCGUCCCCUGGCAUUCCCAGUCUGGGCGGCGCGGCCGCGCGCCACAGCCACAUACCCAGGGCCCUCGGGGCCAUGCCCUCCUCUGCCUUAAAGAUGGCCGCCAACACUAACUGUCAGAUGCCCAAAGUCUCCGGGGCUUCUACCAUGGACAUGGGAUCCAGGGAUAAUCACGAACAAGACAAGCCGGCUCUGAACAGUAUAGCGGACAACACAGUGGCCAUGGAGGUGACGUAGCAGUGUGGCAGCGGUGGUGGUGGUGCGGCUUGCUGCCGUGACAGGCAGGCCACGCCCAACGCUACCCGACAUGGCUGCCCAGCCUUCUGCUGCCCUACCGGUCCUCAGCUCUGAGUCUCCUGCUUCCCGUUGAGUCCACUCUUUAGGUGCUGUGCAUCGUAGCAUUGGAAAUGCAAAAGGGACGGCAGGUAGACGGUCAGGACUCAACAAACGCACCCACGUUUCCGCAACAACUGUGGGGGGACUUGCGGUUUCAAUUCUCAUCUCUCAUGCUUUUUAAAUGUUUGUUUUGUAUUUGUUACUGUUAAUAAGAGUAAAUUGACAUCUUGUAAAUCAUGAAUAUGGCAAAUUAGUAUCUGUACAGCAACUACAUAUUUGUAAUAUCCCCCUUGUAUAUACGUUACUUGAAUACAGAAACUCUUUCAUUUGUGAUGUUUUGCACUUGGGAAUAAAAAGAAAAGACGAAAAAAGCGCUGAAACUUGUGCGAGUGUGAGAUGUGAGAGUUGUAUAAAGGAGAAGUUUAAAAGGCGUUUCAUCACGUGCAUGGUGCAGAGCCUGCUGUUUUAUCUAUUUAUUGUGCUGUGUUUACAGUUUUUUUUUUGUUUUUUUAUUUGUACACUGUACCUUCAUUGGUUCCUGUGCUGUAGUAAAUGUUAGCUAGCUACGGACUCCUGGGUAUUUUAUAUAUUGUGAACACAGAGCAGGUUUUCCCCCCUUUGGGUCCCUGCUCUUCUCUUUGGAUCGUGUGGAAUUCAAUGGUGACAUACAGAUACAGACUCUUUAGGGUUGAUGGGAACCUGAGGAGACAGUGGAGGAGGUUGGCUUUGGUUUACUUCACUUUGCGGGGUAAAAUCUCUUCCUGGGAUCUUCCAUUUACAAUGUUAUCGCGAUACAAGUAACAAAGUAGGGAUGAAGUCUCUUCAUAGAAGCAUCUACCUGCUGCUUCUGAUUCAAAGCACUAUUGUUUUUGUUUUCUAAUAGUUUGAUAUUAAUGCUGCUUUUGUAUAAUUUUGGUCCCUGGUUUUCAUGCAAUGGGAUCCCCCCAUACCAUUAUUUUUUAACCAUUAUUUUUUUGUAAAAUCAGAAUUUAGUUAUUUUUGUAUUUUCCUGUUCUUGUGGUUAAAAAAAAAAUGAUUGUAAGGUCCGUAUUGGAAAAACGUCAUUAUUUUGUUACUUGUUCAUGCAUAGGUGAUAAGGGAGGUGAAUAGCAGUUAAAAUUGCUGUACAUUUAUCAUCAUUCCAAUUUCUGACCAGAACAUGCUAAUAGGGGUGGAGCUAUGGAGAAAGGCAUUCUAUUUCUCCAAUAUUCUCUCCCUUUCAAAAAAUAAAAUGAAUCUAAACUCUCCAGAAGGCUGCAAGGCCAAAACCACAAGUAUCGGGUGCCUUCCCUUGGGGAACUACUAUGUGCUCUCUUCUGUGAAGAGAAAGGCACAAAGACAGUGCUACUAGUAGUACUUGUUGUCUGUGUCGUCAGAAUCUGAAUGCCCAGUCCAAUGGCAGGAUUUAUCCUUGAGGUUUCUUGACCCACCUGGAGGCUGAAAAGAAUAAAAUAAAAACAACUAAUGUGACAGAACUCUCACUAUAAAAUACGACAAUAAAGCCCAGGGCAUUAUAUGUGGAUUAUGUGGCUCUCUGUCCUCUGUUGGCUGAAUGUUGUGUGGGUGCUUGUUAGCAAAAAAAUUUUUAUAGAUUGUGGUUGUCAUAUCAGGGGAUGUGCAAGUAUGAAAUAGACAAAUGUAUGGUAUUUUGCUUUUAUGUUGACAUUGAUGACCCAAAAUAGGUAAUUCUCACAAAACCGAAUUUUAACAUGUAGGUAGCAAAUUUACCAAAUAAAACAUUCAUUUGGGGAAGUUAUUUUAAAUGCAUUUUAAAAUGUAACCUGAAUUGUGUACACUCAUUUGAAAUGUGUUUGUAAAAAUUAUCUCAAAACAAAAGCUGCAGUUUGUUAUAAGUGAUUCUAGUUUGUGUGCAUUAAACAUUAAGACAUCUGUGGACUUGUCCCAUAACCCUUAA